GUUCGAACAUUCGUCGCGGAGCGUUAACUGUUUAGUUUGCAAAUUAUAAUGUUCAAAAUUAUAGUUUUAUUGUUAACAACAUGUUUGUGUGCUAUUGGAAUUUACUCCGAGACGGCGAACGACGGGUUCAGGAUAUCUCCAGACACCUACGUGGAUGACGGGAAACAGUACAUGGAGUUUACAUGCACGGCGUAUUUAAACGAAGGAGACCAGCUGGUGUGGCAAAGAGGAUCCCAAUCGAUGGUAUUUUAUGAGAAAAAAUACGGCAGUGGAUUUAAGACAAUCAAGCUGACGUGGCCUCUACAGCAAUCCGACAAUGAUACUGAAAUAUACUGCGCGAGGAACAUUAAAGAAAAAAAUGGCAAAUUUAAAUGGGUGCAAAGCAAGAAGAUUCCAAUUGUUUUCAAAACAGUUAAGAAGACUUUGACCGACACAUGGGGCCCGUGGGUGUGGCCCGUGGAACACGUAAUGAACAACACAACUCUUAUACAGCUCUCCUGUUGGGCAUAUCUGUACAAGAAUCAGUUCGUUUCCUGGUACCAGACGUCAGAUAAGGAUACAACAGAAAGAUUGUCUAUGAUACAACAAGAAAACGAAUACAGUUAUGUGAAGCUCGAUCUUACAAAAACGCUUACAUUAUCGGAUGAUGGUACUAAUAUUUUCUGCGCCAAUGAAACAUUUGAGUCCGACCACAGUAUCAAGAAGAUAACAGAGAGUGAACAUAUUCCUCUUACGUAUCAAACAGAUACGGAACCUUUAGCCAACUUGUCAAGGGUAUGGGUGACGCCUGACAGUUACACAGACGAUGGCAGGUCAGUGAUGGAGUUCACAUGCCACGCGUACUUGCAGGCUACAGAACUAUUAUCCUGGUUUCAGGUCACAGAUUCAAAUACAAGACAAAGGAUUGAAACAGUUCAAGAAGACAAAAAGCCUGGAUAUAAAGAGAUCAAGUUGCUCAAGCUCCUGGAACCAUCAGACAACAAUACUCAAAUAUACUGCGCCAAAGAAACCGUUUCUUCGAGUGGAUCCUUGAAGGAAGGGCCAAGAAGUCAAAAGAUUUCAAUUUCGAUUCAAAGAGAAAAACCGUAUGUCUCCGUAGAACCAAGCAGAGAUAUUAUUAUAUUCAAAGAUGACGAAAAGCUGUCGUUGAUAUGCACUGGAAGUAAGCCUGUUAACAACCGACAAUACACAUGGUACAUAGAAGGUGAGUCCCAGAAAUAUAGCUUGAUUUAUAUUAUUUUAUUUUCGUUUUUUUUUUAUAAAUAAAUAAAUAAAUAUUAUAGGACAUUAUUACACAAAUUGACUAAGUCCCACAGUAAGCUCAAUAAGGCUUGUGUUGAGGGUACUUAGACAACGAUAUAUAUAAUAUAUAAAUAAUUAUAAAUACUUAAAUACAUAGAAAACACCCAUGACUCAGGAACAAAUAUCCAUGCUCAUCACACGAAUAAAUGCCCUUACCAGGAUUUGAACCCAGGACCAUCAGCUUCGUAGGCAGGGUCACUACCCACUAAGCCAAACCGGUCGUCAGAAGAGAUUUUAUUUUAUUAAUGAGGCAUCUUUCAAAAAAAUCAUUGAUAUCACGGGGGACCGUAGAACUGCCUUGUUCCACGAACAACGACGGAUCGGCAUAGCGAUCCAAAGGGGGAUCGCAUUCAGCCUUAUUGGGAACCCUUCCGCAGGGAUCGGACCUGAGUGAUCUAGCUGAAUAUAAACAUAUUGAGUUAGGUCACACAUGUUAUGUUUUUCUUCAGGGUUUAAUUUUAAGUUCCAUUUUAAACUAAAUUUGUUAUUAUUUUAAGUACAUGGAAAAUCAACAGCGCUAUAUAAAUAUUAUAUUAUUAUAACGAGCCCAUUGUGUCCCACUGCUGGGCAAAGGCCUCCCCCCCCUCUUCUUCUCUUAUAUAAAUAUAUACCCAGAAAUUACAAUAUAUAGAAUUAUAAAGCCAAGUUCUCACUUAUAGAAAAAUAA